UUUCUUUUCCCCGAUCGGUGGUUUCCUUCAACUCGUGGUUCUGUAUGUAUUUCCAAAUAAAAUAGUAGCAGUCUUAUUCAAAACCAAUCGUCUCCCGAAAGGAAGCUCAUCUGCCAAUCAGCACCCCAUUGGAUAUCCCGUUGCAACUGCAAAUUGCAUCGGAAGCGCGUGUGCGGGGAAUCUCGGGAAAGAUGAGUGGAUCGAUCGAUAAUGGGUAGAAGUCUCCGCAGUGUGUGGCUUUUCGUUAGGACCUAAAGGGUGAGCUGUGUAUUUUUUUUUUCCCCAAAUGCGGAAAAGCACCAAUUGGAGGAAUCAACUUAAGAAGUGUUUUGCGACGCGUGCGCGUCAGUUAAUGGUGAUCGGUCGGCUACGGCGCUCUAAUCCAGUUUUAAGUGGUUUUUGUUUGAAAUCGACGGGAAGUGGUAGCUUAAGUGCGUUGCAAAAGUGAAAAGUGUGCGAAUAUAUCAAUGCCCGAAAAAUAGCCGGGAGGGUAAAAAAAAAACCGAAACGAACACGAUACAGUUUAGUGAGUCAGCAUUAUUGAAUGGAAAAAAAAUAGUGCGUGUUUGAAGAGCUUGAGCAGAAGGUAAACCUCCGAUCAAAUGGUUCGAACGGAUGAAGCAAUUGUGUUCCCCGAGUGCUGGGCGCUGAAUGGUGAAUGAAGCCGGGAGGAAAAAGCGAGAGGAAUAAAUUUCCGAUGGUUAUUUAUUUUGCCCCGAAAGAGUGCUAAUUUAAAGGAAAUCAGAUAGGUAGUAUUUGUUUGUGACAAAAAUUUGCGAGAAACUUAGAAGCUGUGCUGUCAGCUGACGUGCAUGAAUAUUGUUUUGCAAGAUUGGUGCAAUUUUUCAUGGAAUAUUUUGCAUAGAAGACGAGAAAUCAUGAAUGCCGGUGGAGCUCUGAUACGGAUAAGCUUUGUUAUUUGGAUUUGCAUCACUUGUCGAGCGGUGUCCGUUGCGCGGGCAGACUCGGAACAUCAAGGUUUAUUUACACACCACCUGGAGAAUGCACAGCUGAUUGUACCCCGAAAGGUAAACCACCGAGGAGAGCUAAUCUCACACCGGUUAACACAUCAUCAUCAUCAUCAACAACAUCAUAAUGGGCAACAUGGGCGAAGAGAAACAGAGUUCUCGCAUGACGAUGACGACGUGCAAAGUGAUCACCUCCAACGGAUACGACGCAGCAGCAGUAGUCCGGUGAACGACGGAGGAGAUGGGAAAUUGCACUAUCACAUCGAUUUGGACGAUCAGACGUUGCACUUGGAACUGGAGCCAUCGACGGAAUCGUUCGUAGCGCCAUUAAUGGUAGUGGAGCGCCAUCGGCGAGAUCUACGCACCCGAACACGUCCCAAGAAGCACAUCAACAGCUGUCACUACCAAGGACACAUCCGAGGUCAUGAGCAGUCCCGUGUGGCACUGUCCGCCUGCAACGGACUGACCGGUUUCCUACGGACCAACAAAACGGAAUACUGGAUAGAGCCAUCGAAGAAUCAUUCCCCUUCGGACAAAGACGGCCAUCCCCAUGUGCUAUUUAAGCGAGCAGACGUCAAAGAACCCAAGGACACUCGGGCAAAGACAGCCAAGAAAAAGAAGAAGAAACGAAAGCGUCGUCACGCGAGCAACUGCGGCACCAAGGAACCCCGAAGGGUAACCGAAACCCGACUGGAGUGGCAACACCAGGGAAAGGUGAUCGUACAGGGUGGACGAAAAAGUCGCGAUCUUCCCGUGGUAGCAUCGGCCGGCUCCGGAACCUCCGGUGGCAGGAAGCAGCGCAUCAAGCGGUCCAUCAGCUCACCGCGGCACGUGGAAGCACUGGUCGUGGCGGAUCACUCGAUGGCCCUGUUCCACCAGGACGUGGACCUGCAGCAGUACCUGUUGACGAUCAUGAACAUGGUCUCGUCGCUGUACCGCGAUCCGACCAUAGGCAAUUCGAUUCAGGUUACAGUCGUGCGAAUCAUUAUCCUGGAGGAGGAAGAAUCGCACGCGGACUUCAACGUGACGCACAUAGCGAUUAACACGUUGGAAAACUUCUGCAGGUGGCAGCGAAGCUUGAACCCGAAAGACGAGAACGAUCCGCAUCAUCAUGACGUAGCGAUUUUGGCCACUCGGAAGAAUAUCUGCUCGGCGCAUGGAUGUUCCACUCUGGGCGUCGCCAACGUGGGCGGCAUGUGUCGUCCGGACAAGUCAUGCAGCGUCAACGAGGACAACGGGAUCACCCUGGCGCAUACGAUUUCCCACGAGCUCGGCCACAACUUUGGAAUGUACCACGACACAGCGAAGACGGGCUGCGAUCACCGGAUAGGGCCUAUCUUGCACAUAAUGACGCCCAGUUUCGAGGCGGACACCAUGCAGGUGUCGUGGUCCAACUGCAGUCGACGGGAUAUAACGCAUUUCUUGGACCUCGGUCUCGGCAAAUGCCUCGAAGAUCCGCCCAGUCAACAGGACACCUACAGCUAUCCGGAUCUUCCGCCGGGGGCGAUGUACAACGCCGACUUCCAGUGCCGGCUGCAGUUCAACUCAACCGACGAAGAGAUGACCGUGUGCUCCAAGCUGGACGAAAUCUGCACUCAACUGUGGUGCCUGGUGGACGAAGUUUGCAUGACCAUGAUGCGACCGGCUGCCCCGGGCACAAACUGCGGUAAACGAAAGUGGUGCCAAAACCAGCAAUGCGUGGACGUGGAAGACCCCCCGCCCCCGGUCGAUGGAGGCUGGGGUGAGUGGAACAGUUGGAGUGAAUGCUCCCGCGAGUGCGGAGGGGGAGUUGCUCGGCAGACGCGGGAAUGCGAUCACCCUUCGCCAGCGAAUGGGGGACUGUUUUGCAUCGGAGAGCGCGCUCGGUACAAAACAUGCAAUACCGAUCCUUGCCCGAAGGAGAUACCUUCGUUCAGGGCUCAGCAGUGUUCCGAGCAUGACAACGACACCGUCAAAGGCGAACAGUAUACCUGGUUGCCGUACUUUGACCGAAACGAACCCUGCGAACUGUACUGCACCAACUCGGAGGACACCAUCAUCGUCCCGUUCGGCGACACGGCAGCCGACGGGACGCCGUGCAAUCUGGGAACGAACGACAUGUGCAUCGGCGGUAUCUGCCGUCGGGUGGGCUGCGAUUGGGUUGUCGACUCCAACACCACCGAGGACCAGUGCGGAGUGUGCGGCGGAAUCGGAGACAGCUGCACCGUCAUCCGGGGAAACUUCACCAAGAAGGUCAACAUGAGCGAGGGCUACUACGAUGUGCUGCAAAUACCGGCCGGCUCGAGGAACAUUCUGGUGGAAGAGAUGAACCCGUCGAAGAACUUCAUCGGGGUGGGCCGCACCGGAGGCAAAGAGUACUAUCUGAAUGGGAAUCGGUUCAUUCAACUACCGGGCGAGUAUGAAAUGGCCGGAAGCCUCGGGCUGUACGAAAGGGAAGACGAACAGGAACGGGUCAAGAUUCCAGGACCGAUCACCGAUGAUAUUACCAUAUCGGUAAUUAUGAAAAAGAAGAACAACCACGCCGGCAUCCGUUACGAAUACACGCUGUCCUCGAAUGCCACUCGAAGCCAUUCGCCCUACUACUGGAAGCUGACCGAUUGGAGUCUCUGUUCGGUGACCUGUGGUGGCGGUAAACAGCAUCGCAAUUCAGUGUGCUUCCAGCGUGGCGAGGGUUUUAUGGAUGACAGUUUCUGCGAGCAGAAUGCCCACAACAAACGCCACGAACGGCUGGCACGGGACUGCAACGAGGAUCCCUGUCCGGCGGACUGGUGGGUUGGUCCAUGGCAACUCUGCUCGGUGACGUGCCGCAAACCGGGGGAACCCGGAGCGAUCAGAAAGCGAUCCAUACUGUGCGUAGAUUCCAGUAUGAAUGCUCUGCCGGAUAGUCGGUGUGAGGGCAAGACCCGACCUGCCGAUUCAGAGCCAUGUCCUGGGCGGUUACCUCUGUGCAAGGAACUGAUCGAUAGCCAGAUUCUGGUGGAAGAUAUUCCACCCGAAUACGAAGAGAAUAAUACUAUUUAAACGAUGAGCAAGUGCAAAAAGAAAGCUGUUUAACAGUCUACAAUAUGUUAUAUUAACAUUUAUCAUACUCUGUAUGUAGGUGAGCAAUAGGUUGUUAGAAGUUGUGUUUUAUUCUACUCAGAACGUACUUACAUGCAAGUGAACAAGGAAAGUAUUAUUUUUACACUCAACGCAACAGUUCAUUCUCGUCCCGGGAGGGAUGCAGUUGCCAGUACAAAGCUAUUUUAAAAAACGGAAGAUUUCGCAGUGAAAGCACAAACAGACAGCACAGCAGUGACUCUUUUCGUUAUGAAUACGACUCUUAAAUUUAUUAUAUUUACCCUGUAUUUAAAAAAAAAACGAUUACUUUAAGGAUCAGUAGCAAUAGCAAGGAUUGAACGAUACUUAAUAUACUUUAAAUACUUGUUUCAUUAUUAAUCAAAUUCACGUCUCUAGGAUGUAAGACACACAAAACAAGAUGAAUAAAACAC